AUGCCAGAUGGAGUUCAUCCCAAAUUGGACGACGUAAACGACGUUGGUAGAGGACUUUUUGGGAUGCGAAAAGCUGCUAAAUGGCUUGCAAUGACGACGCUAAUUGUGAACAUCUCAUUAGUUGUUGCUAAGGCUGCUGCAUCUUAUUUAAGCAGCUCUCUUUCUAUUAUUUCCUCACUGGUUGAUUCAGCCGUUGACAUUGCGUCUGGCUUGGUAAUAUGGCUAACUGCUCGUGCCAUCAAGAAGCAUGACCCUUAUAUGUAUCCAAGAGGUAGAACGAGACUGGAGCCUAUUGCACUUAUUAUAGUAAGCGUUAUUAUGGGUGUUGCCUCAAUUCAGAUGACAGCUCAAUCGUUAGAGUCUAUUGUCAAGAACACUAUGGACCCUCACAUGGAUAUAGCUACGCUCUGUAUCAUGACCACAACAGUUGCGGUGAAAUUUGUGUUGAUGAUCUUGUGUAAAAAGUUCGACAGUAAUGCUUCUAUUAGUGUGUUAGCACAAGACCAUCGGAAUGAUUGCCUGUCAAAUUUAGCUGCAUUGUUUUGUGCCUGGGGGGCAUCAAAGUAUUGGAUCUAUCUGGACCCCAUAGGGGCCAUAUUAGUUUCACUGUAUAUUGCAAUUACAUGGUUUAUGACUGGGAAGGAACACCUAACGAUGCUGUCUGGAAAGUCUGCAGCGCCUGACUUUAUUAAUCGGAUAGUCAUGGUUUGCAUGAUGCAUAGUUCGCAUAUUGAUUAUAUAGAUACAGUCUACGUGUACCACUACGGAACCCGUUACUUAGUAGAAGUUCACAUUGUAAUGGAUCCUGAAAUGAGACUUAGAGAGUCUCACGAUAUAAGCGAGGCUCUCCAGAAUAAUAUUGAAAGUUUGCCGCAAGUAGAGCGGGCGUUCGUGCAUUGUGACUAUGAAUUCAGCCACAGGCCGUACCAGGAGCAUAAGAUUGUUUGA